AGUACAGAGCUCAUAUGUCGGGAAAUAAAGGAUUAAAUCAGCACGGAAGUCGCUGUAUGGAAUUAUUUGAAAUUUAAGUAAAAAUUGAUUGACUAACUAUUGAUUGGUACUACGCCUUAAUUACUUAAUAGUGUGUAUUCGUUUGAUCAAAUCCGUAGUGAAGUCUGGAAGGUAUAAUGUAAUAUUUCAUCAGGCGCUAUAUAAAAGUAUGUGUUUCUUUAAUAAAACAAUCCUUGAAGUUGUAUUUAAGCAUAUAUACACAAAUAUUGUAUGAAGGUUGAUUUUUAAAAUAUCACAGUCCUUCAGCAUGAAAGACACCAAUAUACAGUACGAAUAUAUCUACAAAUAAAACAGGCAGGCGCAGUGCUUAAGGCUGUGGACUUCAAACCCUGAGACCGAGACUGAGUCCCUGAGCAAUUCACUUCACCUGCCUGAGCUCCAAGUGGAAAAAACAAAAGCAAACAAUUGUAACCAGUUGUGUUUGCUGCUGUAAGUUGUUUUGUCGUUGUAUGUUCUAAGUCACCUUGGAUAAAGGCGUGACAAGUAAGAAAUAAAAAUAAUAUAAGCACCAUAAACGUAUGCGGUUUAAACGAACGGGCUAGAAUUAGGUGAAACUGUCGUUAAGCGUUCAUUGGUAAGUAACGAUUGAAUCAGCAUGGAAGGCGCUAUACAAAAACAUUUGAAAAAAUCAGUAAAAUAAUAGAUUAAUUAAUCAAUGGUAUUACCACUAAUAUUAUUUUGGCAGUGCUAAAAUCCACGUAAUCGAGUCCGGAUUGAAAUCUGGAAGGUAUAAUAUAAUAUUUCAUCAGGCACUAUAUAAAAGUGUACCUAUACCAGAAAACCGAUUGUUGUAUAUUGCUAUUAAAGUAUAUAAGUAUAGAUGAUAUAAUUCGUUAAAAUGAAACUCUUCCCAAAAAUGGGUGCUGUAAUUCAUAAAUGGUAGAGGCACCAUAUCGAAUUAUGGUUUUUUAUUGUAGGGUGUGAAAUUCAUUCAGCUGAGGUUGUCCCGGCGACUAAAGGGAUGCUCUCAUCCAUUUGAAAUCGGCUGUUGGUUUGAAUGAAAGGUUUACACGAGAUGGUCGAAGGUCUAGUGAACAGGGUGCAUAUUUGUAGCAAACACUUCAAAUGCUGCAGGUAAACGAACCCACCUAAGCGUCGGCGGAGUGGCAGAGUGACACUUUUCACUCCCGCUUAUCUUUGGACGAAUGGGAUUUCUUCUGAAAUUAGGCGGUGGGUGGGGUGUGAGCGAAACACGAAGUGUGAGGAUAACCUUUUGCUUCGGAGAGGCGCCUUGAGCCCAGACGCAGUUGUGCCCUUAAUUAAAGAUAACUUGCCGUGAUUUACAGUCUGAAGUGGCUCGAGAGGCUGCCAUGACGUGUUAGGUGGCACUACGUCUCCAAGGAUCCAGGUUUUAGAAAUCUGCUCUCAUCCACGGAUCCUCCUUUGCCGGACAGCGGGACUAUGGGAAGUAAAGCGCUGCCCGCUCCCAUCCCGCUGCACCCCCCUCUCCAGCUCACCAAUUACUCCUUCCUCCAGGCAGUUAACACCUUCCCAGCUGCUAUGGACCAUCUUCAGGGCUUGUAUGGGCUGAGUGCGGUGCAGACCAUGCACAUGAACCACUGGACGCUAGGCUACCCUAACAUGCAAGGACUCCGUUCUACAAUAACUGAGAUGGCAGCCGCACAAGGGCUAAUGGACGCCAGAUUCCCGUUCCCGGCGCUGCCACUGGCAGCACAUCUCUUUCACCCCAAGCCGGGCGUGGCACACGUUAUACCCGCCCUGCACAAAGAGCGCCCUCGGUUCGACUUUGCCAACCUUGCCAUCGCGGCCACCCAAGAGGACCCACCCAAGUCCGGGGACCUUGCUAAACUGACCGGAGCCAUCUCAGAAAUCAGCAAACUGUCCCCCGAUAGGAAGCCCACGAGGGGUAGGCUGCCAUCCAAAACUAAAAAGGAAUUUAUCUGCAAGUUCUGCGGCAGACAUUUUACCAAAUCCUAUAAUCUGCUCAUUCACGAACGGACUCAUACGGACGAGCGGCCGUACACCUGCGACAUCUGCCACAAGGCUUUUAGGAGACAAGACCACCUCAGGGACCACAGAUAUAUCCACUCUAAAGAGAAACCUUUCAAAUGUCAGGAAUGCGGGAAGGGAUUUUGUCAAUCGAGGACAUUAGCGGUGCACAAAACCUUACACAUGCAGGAAUCUCCUCACAAAUGUCCCACAUGUGGAAGAACCUUUAAUCAAAGAAGUAACCUGAAAACUCACCUUCUCACCCAUACAGACAUCAAGCCCUACAGCUGCGAGCGAUGCGGGAAGGUGUUCCGGCGCAACUGCGACCUGCGGCGGCACAGCCUGACACACAGCCCCCUCCAGGAGUACUAAACCUGCACACGGGAGGGCAAAAGCUCACAAAUGGGAGAACUAAGCGUGAAGCACAAGGGACUAACCCUCCAUCCUUUGCUGCCUUCUACAGACUCUGGCACCGUGCAGAAACUGAAGUAGUUCUGGAGACAUACGGUGCCGUGGCGUGCUCUUCCUACAUUCGGCUCGCUUUUUCAGAGCUGCUGUACAUAUAUGUAAAUACAUAUACUUUUUUGUUUUUAUAUGUUUUUUAUACAAAUUGUAAAAGUUUUCCAUGUCGAAAAUAUGUUUAAAUGUAUUUUAGAAAUAAAAGAAAGUACUAUUCUCA